AUGACGCCAGACGACCUGAUAUCGGAAAUGGUCAUCUACUAUACAGAGCGCAACGACAGAGCACUCUACACCGGCCGCACCGAAAACAAGUACGGCAAGGACGACCGCGAAGUCAUGCUCGUCAAGCAAGAACUACCUGGUCCACCUCAGGAUGUUCGGAUCUGGGUCGUAUGAUGCCGCUCUGCAAGUGUCACGUGGAGCACGUCUUAUACACUCUAAGAAAAAAGGAUCGGUAACACUCAAAUAUCAAAGUACAUCGUCCAGCAUUGGAGGCGCCAUGGCACGGCGCACCGCCUACGAGAACUGGAAGUAACAGGUUCCAGGAACUCUGCCAUGAUACGGGAACUGCUGCCCGGGACAACGUACGUGCUCAACAUGAUCGCAGAGAACGCCCUAGGACGCGGAGAACCCUCCAGAACGGUUGUUUUUCACAUAGGCGAACGAGGGCUUGUAGACAUCCUCGUUGAAAUGAAGAUCAUAACAUUUGUCUCACGGAAGGCACCUCUCCAGGAACUUUGGAACGGCAACCUGUAGGGCUACUGCAUAGGUUAUCGUCACCGAGAUUCGGAACUCCCAUUCUCCUACCGCCGUGUGGAAGCGUCCAAUAACGUCAGCCACAAGCACCCCCUUAGUGCUCAGAGGGACACUGAGUAUGCUUUUAUAAUCAAUACCUGCAACAGCGCGUGAGCCGAACCAGCCCCGGAGGAGAAGAUUGCGAAAACGAUGGAUGGUGAUGUUCCCGAGGCUCCGAAAUUGUUUGUGACAGCAGUCGCGGCCGGUACCUUGUCAUUAAAAUGGGCCAUGAAGUCCAGCAGUGAACUCACAGAGGUUAAUAUCUACUACCGUCAAGAAGGAGGGCCGUCCCUUAAGAACCCCAUCGUUAAGACUGCCGACACGGACGUGGCUGGAGCUCACACGGUCACCAACGUUUACAGUGGCUUCAUAUAUCAACUGUAUGUGGCGGCCUUCAAUGUGCUUGGUCGCGGAGACCCGAGCUCCAUACUCAUGGAGCUAGAACGAAUAGCUGCGAGACGUUUGCAAGCCAAUGCUGAAGGGGAAGCUCCGCUGUACUUGAAUAUGGCAUUAAUGAUGCCAGCGGGCGCAGUAUGCUUGGCUGUGCUUGUCAUCCUGGUGAGUGCUUGUAUUUCCGUCAAGAAACUCAAGCAGACGUCAAUCACCUUCCUGAGCGUCACACUCGCAAAGUGGUCACGCUACACCGCUGGCGACUGCACAGCACCAUCCGCACAACCAUGCCAGCCCCCAAAACCGUGCCCGCCUUGCCUUGCCAUCGGACUUCGAUACAAGAUGCUGGCAGUUCAUCCAGUUGUGGUAAAGAGCUACCGGGACCAACGUUCCACCGAGGACCCGCACGGAGGGUACAGUGAGGUCUGCUAA